AUGGAUAAUUCUCCUCCUGAUCGUCGAAUAAAGUCGGUUCCGUAUCCCCGAGCUCGUCUAUUAACUGAAGACCAGUUAUUUAAUUCAUCUUCUGGUUUGCCAUCUAUUCCUAUUUUAAAACAACAUUUACAAGAAGAAGGUCGCCUCGACGAAAGAUGUGCUUUACGUCUUAUUGAACUUGCGCAUCAAAUAUUCGAACGUGAACCUAAUAUGUUAUUUAUUGAACGACCCGUAACGAUUGUCGCUGAUAUCCAUGGACAAUUUUAUGAUCUUUUAACAGUAUUAGCAGGUGGUGGUGAUCCAGCUGAAACACGCUACUUAUUCUUAGGUGAUUAUGUUGAUCGAGGACUAUUUGAAUGUGAAUGUGUAUUUUUAUUAUUUGCACUCAAAAUUAAUUAUCCACAAAAUGUAAAUUUACUUCGAGGAAAUCAUGAAACUCGUCAAAUGACAAAAGCUUUCCAAUUUAAGUUGGAAUGUGAAAAAAAAUAUAGUUCAAAGACAUUGUACAAAGCUUGUAUGCAUGCUUUCGACACAUUACCAUUAUGUGCUCUGGUUGAUUCACGUUUUCUAUGCAUGCAUGGUGGUUUAUCACCUGAUAUUCGUAUUUUAUCUGACAUUGAAAAUCUUGAUCGUUUCAUCGAAACGCCUCAUUCAGGUCCAUUAUGUGAUUUACUUUGGUCUGAUCCAAGUGAAGAUUUUGAUGAUAUUAAUGAUCAACAACCUGCUUUUAAACCAAAUAAAGCUCGUGGCUGUGCAUAUUACUUUUCCUAUUAUGCCUGUCGAGAUUUUUUACUGCGAAAUAAUCUUUUAUCGAUUAUACGUGGACAUGAAGUACAGAAAAAUGGUGUACGAUUUUUUCGCAAAUCAUCUCGUACUAAAUUUCCUGUACUUAUUUCACUAUUUUCAGCACCAAAUUAUUGUGAUACAUAUGAUAAUACUGCAGCCAUACUUAAAAUUGAUACUCAUCAACAAUUAUCUGUUGUAAACAUUGAUGCACAUUCUCAUCCAUUUGUCUUGCCGAAUUUUGAAAAUGGAUUUCAAUUUGGUGAACGAUUUGUUUUUUAUUAUGUUACUCAUCUUCUUCUUUCUAUUUUUAAUAUGUAUUCACCUGAAGAAUUAGCUGCUGAAGACGGUCGAGAAGAUAAAACGGGUAUGGAAUUAUUGAAUAAAAAGAGAUUAAUUGAAAUGAUGGAUAAAUCUUAUGGUGAUUUGAAAAAAUCAAAUAAGAUUACACUUAAUUUACGUGGUCUUACACCAUCUUAUAAGGCUUAUAAAGAAUUAUUGUCUCGACCAGAUAUUCAAGCAUUAAUCAAGGAAGCUGAAAAAGGACGAAUUAAGAGUUAUAAUCAAGCUAUUCAAUUAGAUCAAAUAUUUGAACGACGACCAAAUACUUGA